GAGAGAGAGAGAGAGAGAGAGAGAGAGAGAGAGCGCACAGGCUGAUCUCUAUCUAUGUCCCUCAGACGUCUCUCUAUGUUGUAAUACACAGAGCAGAGGACGUGCUGGUCUCUGGCGGUGGCACAGCUCCCAUCAUGCGCGCCGUCUUCUGAAAACCUUCAGCGGCGCAGGAUGGAUUAGUCGCGUGCGGAGCGCCGAUGCUGCACGAUGAGUGUAGCGCUGCAAGAUUUACGAAAUAACAUGUCUAACUACAAGCGUGCAACGUUUGAGGAGGAGGACGGGACAGACGUCCCUGCAGAUGGAGCCAUGUCUCCUGACAGUGUGGAGGUGGGUUUCCGUAAGGGUGGUAUUCAGUUGUUCGGUCCACUGGGCAGGAGAACUCAACUGGAAGUAGUGUUGGCCGGUCUGCUUCUCGCUUCACUUCUAGCUCUGUUCGGCUGUGCGAUUACACUGGGAGUCCGCUAUAACAGAGAUCCCGCCCGUAGUAUCUGUCUAACGGAGGCAUGUGUAACCGUGGCCAGUAAGAUCGUGGAAGCUCUGGACCGCUCCGCCGACCCAUGUCAGGAUUUUUACCAGUACGCCUGUGGAGGAUGGGUCCGCAAAAACCCCCUGCCAGAUGGCCGGUCCCGCUGGAGCACAUUUAACAGCAUCUGGGACCAGAACCAGGCUGUGCUCAAACACCUGCUGGAAAAUGGCACCUUUAACUCAAGCAGUGAAGCAGAGAGGAAGACACAGUCCUACUACCUUUCCUGUCUUAAUGAACAGAGAAUAGAAGAGCUUGGAGCCCAACCACUCAUCGACUUGAUUGCAAAGAUAGGGGGCUGGAACAUCACAGAGUCCUGGGACAAAGACAACUUUCUGGAUGUUUUAAAGAUAGUUUCUGGACCCUACAGAGCUCAGCCCUUCUUCACUGUCGGUGUCAGCGUUGAUCAAAAAAACUCCAACAGUAAUGUCAUUCAGGUUGACCAAUCAGGACUCUUCCUCCCAUCCCGAGAUUAUUACCUCAAUAAGACCAAUGAGAAGGUGUUGAAGGCUUACCUGGAUUACAUGGUCGAGUUGGGAUUGUUGUUGGGAGGAGACAAGAAUUCCACCCGAGUUCAGAUGCAGCAGAUUUUGGACUUCGAGACGACGCUGGCUAACAUCACAGUGCCUCAGGACGAGCGGCGGGACGAGGAGAAGAUCUACCACAAGAUAACCAUAGCUGAUCUUCAGGUGUUGGCUCCAGCUGUUGAAUGGCUGGAUUAUCUGAACUUCGUCCUGUCACCGCUGGAGCUGAACGACACCGAGCCUGUGGUGGUCUACGCUAAAGAAUACCUGCAACAGGUGUCGGAUCUCAUCAACAAGACCGACCGCAGUCUUUUGAAUAAUUACAUGAUGUGGAAUCUGGUGCAGAAAGGAGCGUCCAGUCUGGACCAGCGCUUUGAGAACGCUCAGGACAAGCUGCUGGAGAGCCUCUACGGCACCAAGAAGUCCUGCACUCCACGCUGGCAGACCUGCAUUGGGAACACAGAUGACACUCUCGGUUUUGCAUUGGGUGCGCUUUUCGUCAAAGCCACUUUCGACAAGCAGAGCAAAGAAAUAGCGGAGGGGAUGAUCAAUGAAAUCCGCACAGCUUUCAAAGAAGCGCUGGAUGAUUUGAAAUGGAUGGAUGAACAGACCCGACAAGCUGCCAAGGACAAGGCGGAUGCCAUCUACGACAUGAUCGGAUUUCCAGACUUUAUUCUGGACUCCAAAGAACUUGAUGAUGUGUAUGACGGGUAUGAGGUUACAGAAGACAACUUCUUCCAGAAUAUGAUCAACUUCUAUAACUUCUCAGCACGAGUGAUGGCAGACCAGCUGCGCAAGCCGCCCAACAGAGACCAAUGGAGCAUGACUCCACCCACGGUGAACGCAUACUACAUGCCCACCAAAAACGGGAUCGUCUUCCCCGCCGGCAUCUUACAGGCCCCCUUCUACGCCCAGCAUCACCCCAAAGCUUUAAACUUUGGUGGGAUUGGAGUGGUGAUGGGACACGAGUUAACUCACGCCUUUGAUGACCAAGGCAGAGAGUAUGACAAAGAUGGAAACCUUCGGCCGUGGUGGCAGAACUCCUCGGUGGACGAGUUUAAGAACCGCACCGAGUGCAUGAUCGAUCAGUACACUCAGUACACCAUCAACGGAGAACACAUCAACGGCAAACAGACGCUGGGAGAAAACAUCGCUGACAACGGCGGCCUGAAAGCUGCCUAUCAUGCAUAUCGCUCAUGGGUGAAGAAGAACGGCGAAGAGAAGAGACUCCCAGCAGUCAAUCUGACAAACGACCAGCUCUUCUUCGUAGGUUUUGCACAGGUGUGGUGUUCAGUCCGAACUCCAGAAAGUGCUCACGAGGGCCUGAUGACAGACCCUCACAGCCCUCCCAAAUACCGUGUAAUCGGCACUCUGUCCAACUCGCCUGACUUCGCAGAGCACUUCCAGUGUCCACUGGGCUCGCCCAUGAACUCAGGCCACAGCUGCGAGGUGUGGUGAACCGUCGCCCGCCAGACACCAGCGCGCUUGCACAGACCAGCCCGGCCAAAAAGCGCUCCACAGACAGCUCUGGCUCUUUGUCAAGUGCUGUUUUUUUUAUUUAUGUGCUCCGAGUUAUUUGAGGAGUUGGGCUGGAAGCAGGAGGAUGAGGCGAGUGCCUGCCAACGUUGAUGUUCAACCCAUAUCAAAUUCUCCGCCAUAUCAGACUCGCUUUAUUUAUUUGUUCGCUAGACUUGGGGGGCCCUGAGAUGCCCCGACCCACGCUUACAUGUGUGUUUGUGCACUUCUUCCCUUGAUUCACAACAAGCCAGAUUCCUCGUCUUCUGAUCUGGAAGAUGCAACUCUGCAAUGCCGCUGGGAACGCCUCACAGAAAAACGUUUGGUUCCAUCCUUGAUGACUUCACAGGAAGUUUUAUGUUCUCGCAGCGACCUCACAGGAAGUGCUGAAGUGCAUCUGUGACCCCCAACAGGAAGGAAGAGCUUUCAAGGAUGUUUCUCAGUUGUGAUUUCAAGGCAACGUUAUCAAAUGAUAGGGAGAGCCACUGUUUGUUCAUCCGAUCCUGUGUGUCAUGUAUUGAUCUUGACAAAGUUGAAAUGAAAUGUUCAUUUUAAACUGCUUUUUGCCAAAGAACAAUUUUAGGUUUAUUCCUUGUGUAAGUGAACGUUGGCACUGCUUUGCCUUCAUUGACUCCAUUCCAGUGUAAUCCCACUGUUUGCCUACAGACGGUGACUUGUCAUGCUGUUGUCAUGCUACGUUGUUAAAACCACUGAAUGGAUGAAUCUCACCAUAUUUCACUCCAAAAUUUAAAGAUGAUUAUUAUUAUUAUUUGCUUAAUUUUUUUAUUUUUUUUUGGAACUACUAGGAUUUUUCUAUUUUUUUAUUUAAUGUCAAUUUAACACGUUUCUUCCCCCAAAUCCAUUAGAUUUAAUAAAACAUUAUAAUGUAUAAAUAAUGCAUUACAGUAAUCAAUUAAUGUAUAUACAUUAUUUAUUCAAAUCUACAUUAAUCAGAGGUCGAAAUCUAUAUGUGGCUUGAUUUUGUAUUGGACUGAAAUAUGACAGAUUCUUGGCAUUUUUUUGAGAUUCAGCCAAAAGCAUUUUGUUAUUGUCUGCUAAACUUCCCAGCAUGCCCAGUGUGUUUCAGGGGGUUGCAUCAGACGUCAUUGUAUUUCUGGAAAUCGCUCGUUUCAGGUUGGAUUGCAUGCGUAUGCGAUUCCAUCUCCAGCUUUUUCAGUUGCUGUAAAUUGACCUUGCAAGUACAUUUAUCUGAAUGUUUGUGCUGUUGGAGUGUGUGAUAGACCAGUUUUUCUUCUGCUUCCCCACACAGGCCGCUUUUGUCGUUUGAUGUAUUUUGAAUGCUGCUGACUUUUUGUUUAUUUGAAAUCCAGAGUUGAAUUGCACCAUUGUAAAAGCUCAAGCUGUACGUGUUUGGCAUCGUAUUCCCACAGCUGGCAUAUAAACAUUCACAUUUCAACUCGAUUUUCUGCAUAGCUAGCGGCUGAGCGUGCUAAUUAGCUAAGAUUGAGAUUAACUGCUCAAUGUUUCAUCCCAAAUAUUCACAGAUUCUAGCUGUUAACAAUCACUGUAUAUGUUGUGAGUGCGGAUUUGGUAAAGGAAUAGUUAUCCCAAAAAUGAACAUUUUAUGUGCUUCACUGUAUGCUGUAGUUGAAUGGAAAAGAACAGAAUUAACAUUUCCUGAAAUAUCUUAUGCCUGUUUUGGGCAGUAAUAAUCUUCCGUAGGUUUGGACUGAAAUCAAGUAAAUGAUGGCCGAAUUUUCAUUUUUGGGUGAAUUAUUACUUAGUCUUUCUUCAUGUUGUCCAUCAAUACAAGUUUUACUCUGUGUCGAGUUUGUUUAAUGAUUUGUUUGCUUGAAUGAUGUACAUCUGACUGAACGCCUGGCUUCCUCUCUGUAUAUUUAUCAAAUAUCAUGAAUAUUUUCCAGUGGCGUUACGGUUGAUGGGCUCCAUGAGGACCGUGGGGCAAAUGCCAGUCUGAAGUUUUGCCAUGGAGAGGCAUUUGGUUUUGGCCUUAAUAAUUAACCGUAGACUUACAGAAUACAGCGUACAUAUAUAGACUUCAACAUAUUUCAAAGCCUUUAAAUACCAUUUAAGUGUGUUGUAUACCUGCUUUAUUUGCGAGCAGAAUUCCUUUUUGAGACCCGAAAGAGGUUUUUGACUGAUUAUCUAAAUGUUUUUGCUGGAUGUAAGCCAUUACUUGCGCUUUGGCUUGAGUGGAAUGGAGGUUUCCAUCAUAUUCUGACAUCUAGAAUGUCCUUAAAUGUGCCACACAAUGCAUCCUGUUCAGAAUUAUGGGACGGUACACAGAGUGAUACUGUCCACCUUCUCACCGUUAAAUACUGAAACUCCCCAUCUUUAUGAAGACGUUGCCUUAUUUAAUUUAUGGAGUGUACAUUCGCCAUUUACUCGACUCUAGUUUGUUGUCAUAUUUCUUUUGUACUGCUGGCAUUGAUGUUUGAGAGGUUACACUGUCUUACAUUUGUGUUGUUGUUGUUUUAUUUGUUUUGUUUUUUAAAUGAGACGACAUUCCCUGAAAUAUUAGUUGACGGGGGAAAUGCUCUGCCCGCCGUGUAGUGCAACAUUCCACCUUGAGAACUGUCAAUGAACAUGAAAUAAAGGAUAUAUAUUAUAAAAAA